AUGGCGCAAGAUCAACAACCAACACUUCAAAAUCAAAAAACUCCAACAGCACAGCAACACAAGCAAUACAUUAUUACCAAAAUAUUAGUAGCAUUUGUGGCCUUGCUUCAUGUUUUCUUUCUAAUUUUGGAAAUGUUUUUAUGGACUACACCUUUUGGACGUCAAAUAUCUGGUUUUCCAGAGGCAUUUGCACAAAUGACACAGGUAUUAGCUGCCAAUCAAGGUCUAUAUAAUGGAUUUUUGGCCAUGGGAUUGAUUUGGUCAAUUUUUUCAAAACAGUUUUACUUUGAAUUGCAAUUGUUUUUCCUCGGAUGUAUUGUGAUUGCUGGAAUAUUUGGAGCUGCAACUGGAAGUAUUGCAAUUUUAGGAAUUCAAGCUGCACCUGCACUUGUUGUGUUGCAUGUGGUGUUAUUGGAGAGAUUUCUGUUGCCUUUCCUUAAGAAAAGAUGGGCAUUGAGAAGGGAACAAAGAAUGGCUAAGAUUGGAGAUGAGAAUUCAAAUAUGAGUCUUUUAAGUUCAACAGAUACACAAGGAGUUGAAUAUCAGCAAUAUAAUGUUCAACAGGAAGCCAUUAUUUAA